UCAAGCACCUGCAUGGCAACUUGGUUAACAAUAUGGCCGCGGAUUUAAACCACUGAUGACAAUAAUGUUUUACCAACUAAUUUGCAAGAAUGCGACUGAGAACGAAAAUUGCAUAAUUAUAUAAUCAGAGUUUGAAAGAAAAUGUCAACGUCAAGUUCAGUCAGAAAUGAAUCAAUUGGCAAAUCAAUUGAGCAAUCGAAAAAUCCUAAAACACCAGAAAAAAAUGAAAGUGUUGUAAGUGAUGUAACAGAAAUAAAAAUUAAACCAAAAAGAAAACCUAAACCAAAGAAACAAAAAAAGGAGCCAGAUGAGUGGAAAACGUUGUCCAUGGAUAAGCUGGAGAAUAGGCUGACGAUGAAAGACCUGAACAAGUUACAAAGAGGUUUUAUGUCAAUAGGCGGAACACAUUCUCAAUAUGACUUUGAGGAUUUUCAGAGUGUGACUGGUGGUGAUGGGACACAGGAAGGGAAGUUAAUAUUGGACAGGGAACAGUUCUGUGAUGCUUUAUCCAUUUUGUUGGACAAAGGAACAAAGGAAGAGUAUGGAGAGCUGUUUGACAAGAUUGAUGUGGCCAGAGAAGGGACAGUGGAUUGGGACAAGUUAGCCUCACACAUGUUGUUAGAGUUUACAGAAAGGGAUGAUAAAGUCAAGUCCACACAAGUUCCUCAGUGGAAAGAUCUUAAAACAUUCCAGAGUCCUCACAAGGAUAUUAUCCAGAGAGUUUCCUGUAUAAAGAAUAAUAACAGAUAUGUGGCUAUAAGUAAGGAGGGAACCAUAUCAAUGUGGGGACAAGAUUUGAAACCCCAGAGGGCCAUUAAAACACAGACAGAUUCUUGUAAAACAAGAGAUUUGUGGGUUACAGAUUUCGUCAUUUUACAAAAUAUCAAUAAAAUUGCUUUAUCCUUCACAAGUAAAGAAAUAGCCAUUUAUGACAUGAGUACAAAAAUGGAGUUUAGUCCACAGUAUAAAAUACAGAAUUUACACCACACACCACUAAGUCUGGACUACUGGUCCAACCCAAACAAUGUGAAUGAGGCCAUGUUGGUGUGGGGAGAUGUAGGAGGGUACAUCAAUGCUUUAUACUUUAGCUCCGUUACCAUGGCGUUGUUUGAUAGACCACCAGCUCCAGCAGGAGAAAAACAAGCAUCUGCAUUAAGUGAGCCUUGUUUGAACGUGAACAUCAAUGAUGUAUCCAGUGACGUUGCCAAUGCUAAGUACAAGAAUGUGGUCUACUUCUUUAAAGAUUGUCAUAAAGGACAGUGGGUCAGGCAGGUGAAGUACUCCCAGUAUUUAGAUGCCUUUAUCAGCUGUUCUACGACCAACAAUAACUCCAUGGCCAUAGCUAAGAUGGAGAAAGUAGGUACAGCAGAGAAAGGACCUUCUGGACAACAAAUAGACAAAAACAAGCCAGUUAGCCGAAGUAUAAGUCGAAGACCGACAUAUUUUGACAUAUCACAAGGAGUCAAUGCAUUUGACUACAGCCAGAAUUUGAACUUGAUUGCUACUGCUGGUGUAAAUCAUCACAUAUGUCUGUGGAAUCCUUAUGUCAACUCUAAACCUAAUGGGGUAUUAAGAGGUCACAUGGCUAGUGUUGUACAGGCCCAGUUUAUGAAGUCCAGAAGUCAGCUAAUCAGCUUCUCUAAAGAUAAAGUGUUACGAAUCUGGGACGUACAGCUACAAGUCUGUAUACAGAGAUUAGCUGGAAUGUUCCCUAAAGGACCAGAAGUUCACAGUACUCUGUUCUUUGACGAAGGAAAAGAUAGGAACGGGUUGGAUAGAAAUCGUUUGUUCCUGACCUUCAACUAUCAGCUGACCUUGUUAGAGAUGAAGGCCGAGAUCAGAGAUAGGAUCCUGUCACAUGACAAACCAGUUAUUGCUGCUAUUUACAACGAAAAGAAAAGUCAGAUUAUAAGUGUCUGUCAGCAAGGAACCAUGAUUGUAUGGAUGAUUGAUACAGGUCAAAAGGUCAAACAGUUCAACAAUAUUCAUGGUACAUCAGAAGUCACAUGUUUAGCUCAAGAUAGUUUUGGCUCCAAAAUCUACACAGGUGGAACUGACGGUCUAGUCAAGGAAUGGGAUUUCAAUGGUCAUUGUUACCACCAGUUGGAGUGUUCUGGUGGUAAUCCUGCGGACAUUGGUCAAACCUUAAUACUCAAAAGAUCUGUAGUGUCUGUAGGAUGGACAAAAUACAUUACUCUAUUCCGUAAUGCAGCGUUUAGAGAGCACCAUGUUCAACCAUCAGAUUGGAAAGGAGGCCAGGAACAUGUAGAAGAUAUCUUAUGUAUUGCCUACUCAGGACCUAAUUUGCUUGCCACAGGAUCUUAUGAUGGAGAAAUUAUUGUGUGGAACCUAGGAUCAGAACAAGUGUCAAAGAGACUAAACGUCAGAUGUCGUAGAGUUUUGUUGAAAGGCAAAAGUAAUGUUGGUGCAAUGAGUCGUGAGGCUACCCAUAUGUCAACAAAGAGUCGACCCAGGUCAAGAGCUUCACAAAGACAGGAAGAUUCUAAUGACUUUGGCUAUGCUGUAACGAGGUUACAAUUUUUAGAAGAGAGAAAGCACCAGUCUGCAGGGGGAGGAGCUAACUUGGUUAGUUGUGGUGGUAAUGGUUGGGUCAGGUUUUGGAAUACAGCUAAAUCAGAAUUAAUGGCCGAGUUUGUUGCUCAUGCACAUGCUGGCAGUAUAAUAAUGGCUAUUGAUGCACAGAACAAGUAUUUAGCGACAGGCGAUGUCGAUGGCAGUAUCAAGGUCUGGGACAUCAAAGAAUAUUGUUUACAUCAGCAAGACGAAAUUGUAACAGCCCCACCUAAGCUAAAAAGUCAGUUCCAGCCCCAUGUAGAUAUGAUUAAUACGAUAGAGAUGUGUGAACGGAAUGGUAGAACUUUAGUGAUAUCAGCAUCAACAGAUUGUGGUGUGGCAGUGUAUGACUUCUUAGGCAAGAGGAUUGGUGUCUGUGGACAGGAGGAGCAUUGGAAAGUGGAACAGUUUGAUCCAGCAGAAGAGAUAGAGGAAGAGGAAGAAGAAGAGGAAGAAGAACAGGAGGAGAAAGAGACAGAGGAAGAGAAACCCUUACUAGAAAAGGACUGGAAACCAGAUGAAAGAGCAAUAUCAGAUUUACAGGGAUACAGGAUACAUGUUUGGGACACCACCAUUUUAGGGAAAGAAUAUCAAGAAACAAGAACAAAGAAAAGAGAAAGAAAACAGCCAGGCAAUAUUCCAGAUUUACCAUACUUACAUUGGGAGAGAACAGGACAAGCACCUGCUGGACCAUACUCAGCAUUGGAAACAAAAGAUUUACAAGACUUGGAGAAUUUGAAAGUGUCUAAACAAGAUUUUAACUAUGUACCUAAACGUAAAGAUAGUCACUUGAGACUACCUAAAUUACCUAAUCUCAUAGAUACUCUACAACAGCCUAUUCCUGAGAAGGAGAUUUUCCCUAAGUACAUCCUUGACUUCGAAGCCAAGAUGAAAAGUUAUCAUAAAAUGCAGUUAGAAAAUCAAAACCAGCCAAUUAACAUCAGAAAUAAAUUAGCAGGAAGUUUGGCCAGUGGAUUGACCAAGUCUAGUCUACAGAAUAUAGGACAAAUGAUUGGACAAAAUACUUCUGUUUCUACUAAAUCACGUUCUGUUAAAGGCAUGAAAAUGAGCCGAGGAGUUUCUAGGCGAACAUCUGUCGUGUCAAGUGUUGAUGCCUCAGUCAUGUGAUCUGUAAAUUUAAAUUUGAUUGGACAAAAUAAUUCUGUUCUUGUAAACUUCAAUAUCUUGAAUGACUAAAAUUGAGCUAUGGCAUUUUAAAACAAUAUCUAUUGCACCUCUGAUAUGUGAUUUGUCUCUUUGUUUUUGAUUGGAUGAACCACUUCAGUUUUUGUAACACUCAUUUUCAUUGGAAAAUUUGUCUAUUCAAAGACUCAUUAAAUCAGGUGAUGCUGUUCUGAGGGAAAAAAAAUGUUAUAAAAUUCAAAUUUCUAAAAGACUUUUAAACCAAAUGUAUUGGUUGUCUUAUGAACUUUGCAAAUGCAACCAUCAUACAAGGCAUAAACAAAUGAAGAUGGUUGAGAAAAGUCUAUAGUGGUCUGUAUGACUAGUUGAAUUUAUUUUUUUGAAAUUUGCUAACAAAGGGAACUAACUCUUUUAAAAUCACAUUUUUUUUUACUGAACUUAAUUGUACAAAGAUGUUUAAGUUUUAUUACUUAAAACUGCCAUAUUUAUGUUUAAUUGAACUGUGAUAUUGAAUUUAUUGUUAUUUGCAUAAAACAAUGCUAACUUAUUGUGAUAAUAAAUAAUAUAUUUGUAUGUAAGAUUCUUGUUGAUUUUUUUUUUUAUAAAAACCUACAUGUCUAUUGUGAUAGUGACAAAAACCUCAGUGUGUUUAUUUUUUUAUUUCGAAAAUGUUUAUUUGAUAUUUAAAUCUAUUUCCUUGUUAUAUGUCUAGUAAAAACUUGUGGAGUAUUAAAAGAAAUAUUUGUGGGAAAUUAUUUUGUUUCUGUUUUUUCGAAAGUAUUUUUACUUCAUUGAAAAUGUGGACAACUUAAAUAAACCAAUAGCAGAGUUUUGAUAACUCAAAAUCUUUUCAUUUGGGUAGUUUUUUUAUAAUUCUACAAAUUGUUAUAAAAACCAAAUCACUGUUUGUACUUUCACCUAUAAUAUAUGAUAAAAAUCAACACAAAUAACUUUAUAAUAAAAUUAUAUUACCUUAUAAAAUCACAAAGUAAUCAUAAUUUUACAAAUUUAUCUUAAUUCACGAAUUAUCAUAACUCAAAACUUGCAUUAAUGUUUCCAAUUGCCCCUUUCCAUUAAGAUCAGUAUUAAUUAUAGUUUAGUGUAGAUUUCAGUAUAUUGAAAGGGAAAUGCACAGUGUUUAAGUGCUAUUUUAAUUCUCUAGAAUUGCAAUAUUUUUAAGAUGCAUUUAUAUGUUAUUCAUGUCGUCCAAAUUCUGGUUAUGUCUCUUUUCAAGUGUAAUGUAUCCAAACAUUUAGAGUUAAAAUUGAUUUUAACUUGGACUUAACCAAAAUCGCUUUAAUGGUAAAAAGUAAUAAUUUCAAAAGAUUUCUUAUCUUUUUUCAUCAUUUUGGCCAAAAAUUAGCUUUGACAUAUUCAUUUUUGUAUUUAACUUGAGAUUUGAGGUGUUAAAAUUAACUUAAGGUAGAAACUUCUUCAUUGGCCAGAAGACAAUUUCCUGAUAACCGUUUUUGUAAACUUAAAGAAAACGAGUAUUUCAUUUUCGUUCAUAUUAUUGGUUGUUCAAUUUUUAUAACAACUUUACAUAAGUUUUGAAUCACUCUUAACUUUUUAAACAAAAGAAUAUUUUUAAAGAGCAAUUUAAUAUUCAGGUUUAUAAUGUUUGAUGUUAAAUUUAAUAUUCAGGUUAGAAUAUUUGAUGUUAAAUUUAAUAUGUUUUGUAUUUUUAUCUGUUUGUCUAAUUUUAAUAAAAUGUUACAAAGCUGA